AGCCCUCUGAUUAGCCUUGUGCAGUAUGUGCCCUUCCCUGUUGACACAGCAGCAAAGCUUCCCUCUGAACCAAGCUAAAGUUCGACUCUCCGACGCUUCAGACUCCUGGCAACCCUGACUAGCAUGGAUUCAAAACCUUAAAACUAUUGUGCUUGUGUGAUUGUCAUCAGAAACUAUGGUCUCCUUGGCUCUUACGGAAAGGUUUCCCUAAAUAUUCUGCGGAGUUCUUCCGAUCACCUCAAUGGCUGCUCCCCCAAUACUCUUCAUAGUAGACAGGAAUAUUUUUGCUAGGAAAAAAAGUGUCCAGUUAGAAAAACAAAGUGAUCUGGGCUGGAAACUAUUUGGAAAAUUCCCUCAUCGCGAUCAAAACAAUCCAAGCAUUACACAAAAGGAAUAUGAAGAAAGAAUAGGACGAGCUUCAAAGUCUCCUCCGUCUCCAAAGCAGAAUGUGAGGAAAAGUCUAGUGUUUGAACCCCUUUCCACCACAGCUCUUAUCCUGGAAGACCGACCAGCGAACCUUCCAGCAAAAUCGGCUGAAGAAGCCCAGAAACACAGACAGGAAUAUGAAGAGAUGGUGGCCCAGGCUAAACGGAGAGAAUUCAAAGAAGCUCAACGGAGAAAAAAGCAACUGCAAGAAAGGUGUAAGUUGGAGGAGAGCAUUGGGAACGCAGCAUUAACCUGGAACAAUGAAAUCCUGCCCAACUGGGAAACCACGUCUUGCUCUCGCAAAGUCCGGGAGAUGUGGUGGCAGGGGAUACCUCCCAGCGUGAGAGGGAAAGUCUGGAGUCUGGCGAUAGGCAAUGAAUUAAAUAUCACCCACGAGCUGUAUGAGAUUUGCUUAUCUCGAGCAAAAGACCGGUGGAAAUCUCUAAGCAUGGGAGGAUCUGAAAUGGAAAAUGAAGAUUUGGGAUUGCCUGCAGCAGACAGAGAAGCCAGUUUAGAGCUAAUUAAAUUGGACAUUUCCAGAACGUUCCCCAGUCUGUGUAUUUUUCAGAAGGGUGGCCCUUAUCAUGACAUGUUGCACAGUAUUUUAGGGGCCUACACGUGUUACAGACCAGAUGUUGGUUAUGUGCAAGGCAUGUCCUUUAUCGCUGCUGUAUUGAUCUUGAAUUUAGAUACUCCCGAUGCCUUUAUUGCUUUUUCAAACCUUCUGAAUAAACCAUGUCAGAUGGCAUUUUUUCGAGUUGAUCAUGGCCUUAUGCUAACCUACUUCGCAGCGUUUGAAGUAUUUUUUGAUGAAAAUCUUCCGAGGUUAUUUGCACACUUCAAGAAAAACAACCUGACACCAGAUAUCUACUUGAUAGACUGGAUUUUUACCUUGUAUAGCAAGUCAUUACCACUGGAUUUAGCUUGUCGAGUAUGGGAUGUGUUUUGCCGCGAUGGAGAAGAGUUUCUUUUCAGGACUGCCCUGGGGAUCCUUAAACUUUUUGAAGACAUUCUGACAAGAAUGGACUUUAUCCACAUUGCCCAGUUUCUUACCAAACUCCCAGAGGAUUUAACCUCCGAGGAUUUCUUUACCUCCAUUGCCGCUAUUCAGAUGCAAAGUCGGAACAAGAAGUGGGCUCAGGUACUAUCUGCACUACAGAAAGAUAAUCGGGAAAUGGAAAACCGAAGUCCUGCUCUAAAACGCUGAAAAUGGUUUUUGUACGUUACCUUACGAAAUCAUUCUAAUUCAGGGCUGUCAAUACACUGGAAUGGGCCUUAAUUGUUAAGGUCAACGUUAGGCUGCUCGUUGAGAUUUCUUUCCAAUUGUUACACCUUGUGAGUUGGAAGGAAAUUUCUUAAAAGUAGCACUUGAAUCAAUGUUUGCUUUAAUCUCUGAGGCCAUGCCUCACUGUGUGCAGUAGUUUUGAGUGACUAUAAAUGAAUUGGAUUUUCACUGCAAACAACCAUACCACUCAUAAUUAUUAUCAUUCCUGAAGAUAGCUUGAAUCUUCUGUUUUAGGAAAUGUAUUAACUAUUUUACAAAUUCCACUAAUCCAAAUUAAGUGCAGAAUGUUUUAAUGAAUGUUGGAACCCUUUGGAAAAACUAUAGAUACAGUUUAUCAUAACUACACAAGAAAUGGAUAUUUACCAAAGAUGCCUGCAAGGUAAAGAGAUUAAAUUAAAGCAAGAAUUAUGUUAGUACUGUAGACGAAACUUUUAUGUUCAAGGUUCCAAGCCAUCAUAGCCAUACAAUUAUCACAAAGGCCUAUAGAAGAUCAUAAUAAUAAUCUGGUUGUAAUCCAUUGCUGUAGUGAACCAAUGUCCUGGCUUGUUGGUAUUGUUGGAGUGGUUUUCUACCAUAAAGGCAGUAAAGAUCUGAAAUGUUCAUCAAUGUUCUGCUUCUGGAAGUCCUAUAGAUUGGAUGAAUGUCUGUAUUUGAAGAACAGGAAAGUGAAUUGCUAAAGAGGACCUAUGGGCCAUUAAAAUAUAUUAUAGUAUCCCUGCUUGUGUUAAACUGAGCCAACUGAACAUCAAUCUGUGCUUUAGAGAUUAUUUUCUUUUGAAAGUUAUACUUGUACUAUUGACUUCAUGGUGACUUUUAAAAGGGUGAAAUAAGAAUCACUUAUGCUUUACAUUGUGCUAGCUGAAAGGUUAGUAAAUGUUUUGAUGUUAUUUUGGGUUUAGGUCGCCACUACUGUGUUGUGAUCACAUUAUGUCCAUCACUCCAUCACACACACUAGCCACUCAGUAGAAAUGGAUAAUGCAAUGUAUGCAUAAAAAAAAUCUAAACCCUUAAUUUUGCUGACUUAUCCAUGACUAUGUUAAGCAAAUAUUGAAUAGUUCAUUAGUUUGUCUGGAUUUGUUUUUUCUGUUUGUUUUUAUUUACUAGUAGUUUCAUAAAGUGGAAGAAUGACGAUAAAAAUAUAAAUCUU